AUGGCCCAAUCUGGUGGAGGAAACAGAGUAGGCGUGCACUACAAAGUCGGCAAGAAGAUUGGCGAGGGCUCCUUCGGGAUCAUCUUCGAGGGCAUCAACCUCCUCAACAGCCAGCAGAUCGCCAUCAAGUUUGAGCCUCGGAAGUGUGAGGCUCCGCAGUUGCGCGAUGAGUACCGGUCUUAUCGCAUCUUGGGCGACGUCAGUGGUGUGCCCAAGGCGUAUUUUUUUGGCCAGGAGGGUGUACAUAAUAUUCUAGUAAUCGAUCUUUUGGGGCCCUCGUUGGAGGACUUGUUUGAUUGGUGCGGGCGCAAGUUCUCGACCAAGACGGUGGUCCAGGUGGCCAAGCAGAUGCUUCAGCGAAUGCUGGACAUUCACGAACAUAAUCUUGUCUACCGUGACGUGAAGCCGGAUAACUUUUUGAUAGGAAAGCCCAACACCCCUCAUGCCAACAUGGUUUAUAUUGUUGACUUCGGCAUGGCUAAGCAAUAUAGAGACCCUAAGACUAAAGCCCACAUCCCCUUCAGAGAGAAGAAGGCUUUGAGCGGCACGGCAAGAUACAUGUCUAUCAACACCCACUUGGGCCGCGAGCAGCUGAGAAGAGAUGAUUUGGAGAGUCUUGGCCAUGUGUUCAUGUACUUCUUAAGGGGCUCCCUUCCAUGGCAGGGACUAAAAGCACCCACCAACAAACAGAAGUAUGAGAAAAUUGGUUUGACCAAGCAAACAACUUCCAUUUCGGAGCUCUGCUACGGAUUUCCUAUUCAGUUUGCGCAGUACCUCACAUAUGUGCGUAACCUCGAGUUUGACGAAGACCCGGACUACGCUUACUUGCUCAACUUAAUGGACGGAGCCCUUGAAUCAAUUGGAGAGAAGGAAGAUGGACAUUACGACUGGAUGGAUUUGAACGGCGGCCGCGGCUGGGAUGCUGCUCUCAACAAAAAGGCUAACUUGCAUGGGUACGGAAACCCACACCCUCCACAAAAGCCUCGCAAGCCAACGGACACGAGUCGUGGAGCUAUCAAUUCUGGAAGCAAGAGGUCCCCCUUCAACCUGGCCCAAAACCAGCCUCUCUUGUCAUCACUGCAACGGAACGAUAGACCACAUUCGUUGACAUAUGGCGCGUACAGUGGAACCAAUGAAGCUGCCAACACAACCAGCGCCUCUCCAUUCAGAAAUGGUGUCCAUCCGGGCUAUGGUGACAGCGAUUUGCAUUCGGAUGCCUCCAGCUUCAACGCACAACGGAACAAACGGUCGUUCCUACGCCGGCUCUUCUGCUGUUUCUAA